AUGUCCAGUUCCAGAGUAACAAGGCUGGGAACAUAUCCAAGAAAGAAACGUGAGUAAAACUAAGAUCACGUCCCUGAUAAUUGUAUACCCACAGGAAUUUCAUUUGCUUUCAGAUGUACAAUGUAGACAUUCUUUGAGUCUUAACACCAAAGUAUCUUAUUACUCAGGAAUCAUGUCGUAAGUAGGCGGAAUAAUAUCGUCAGGAAGGGUAUUGUCCUGAAUAUUAGGACUGUUGUUGACAGUGACUGACGUUUUAUCAACCUAUGCCGAUGACGUCAUCAUAAGUCAAAGUUUUUAUAUAUCCCCAGCCUCGUUCCCAGUCGUCCUCGGCGAUUUCGGAUGUGACCUCACCUGUCAAGCCUCCUCUGGUCGCUCGGAUAGCGUGCGUGACCGGCCUGGGUACGAGGCUGAUAUAUCUGCUGUGCUUCGUCAGUGGACGGUAUUCUAUUCAAUGGUACUCCAGUCAUAAUUGACGUGAUUGGUCAAUAUAACAUUGCAUCAUACAGUUAAGCGUUUUCUGGACCCUUCCACUUCCCUUUCGAUUUCCUUCCCUCCCCUCCCCUCCCCUCCCUCGUCUUAAUGCUCUAAAAUAAGAUUUCUGUACCUCGCUUGUUUUGCAAAUGAUCGAAAAGAAGAUUGCAUAGCCAAAAGUAGCCUUUUCUAGGCUCCGAGAUAGUUGGGUCCACGAAAUACACUCUCGCGUCAUCCCCACUAUCUGAUGAAGUUCUGGAACAGGCUAAGCCAAAAGAAAAAGCCAUGUUUAAUUUACAUAAUAAUGCCAUUUUGUUUUUAGGGUUCCUUUCAAUUGGAAUCGCCUCAAUUACAAGACCUUCCAAUACAAACUAUCUGCUUAACACCACUAAGAGUCUGAUGGACAACUUGAGCGAAAUGGAUGAAGAAGAGACCUAUAUUGUAAUAUUCCUUGCUGAUCUUCACGAGCCGUCAAGAUCAACCAGAGCCGCAGAACUUUCAAGAACCUUCGGCAAAUAUAUUGACAAGGGACUGCUGACUGUAAUAGUAGCAUAUCCGGAAUAUUACCCACCGCUUGACAACAUCAAACCACGAUAUGGUGACUCAAGUGAAAGACGGUUUUGGCGCGCCAAGCAAAACGUGGACACAGCGUUCGUGAUGUGUUACUGCAAGGACGCAUCACAGUUUUACAUUCAGCUUGAAGACGACGUGAUACCUUCGCCAAGCUUCUUUCCUAAACUGAAAGCUUCAUUAACGGAAAACGACGAGGCAUUUCUGGUACUUCACGUCGCCACGAAAGGAACCGUCGCAAAACUCUAUCAUUCCAAAGACCUUAGCAACGCAGCCUCCUUUUUCUUCCUCAUGUAUGACGAAAUGCCUGCGGACUGGUUGCUGAGUCAUUUUCGAGCGAUAAGGGAGGCAGCUAAAAUGCGAAAAUGGCCUUUGGCGGCAUCACUUUUCCAGCAUACAGGCAUUCUUUCUUCUCUUGCAGAAAAGAAACCGAAAGGCCCUGGACACGAGGAGCCAUUUUUUGAUCUGUACGAUCAAAAGUUCCGAGGCUUAAAUCCUCCUGCAAACGUAACCUCGCCUCUGUCCUCUCACGAAACCGUGGGUAAAGGAAGCCCACAACAAGCUUAUGAAAAGGGUAGUGGUUAUUUCUGGGGGACGGCUCCUAGUAAAUAUGAUUAUGUUAUAAUAAAAUUCAAAGAGUCAACCGCUGUCCAGAAAGUGUUCGUGGACACUGGCUCUCUCUUAGGACCGAAAGAUAUCUUGAAAUCUGGUGUUUUGCAGGCCAGCCUUGAGUCAGUCGAUCAAGAGAAAUUUGUUCGUGACAGCGGCGAUCAUGGGUGUGGAAAUUUUGAAACUCGUGGAUCUUUUAACCAAGGAAAAGUUACAGUUACUUUCAAUAAUUCUAAAAAGCUUACUUGCCUGCGAAUCUUAGCAACGGAGAACCAAGCUGAACCACUCUUCCUUCGCGAAAUUGAUGUAUGGGCAUAA